AUGGGAGGGAGCUGCGCGCAGAGGCGCCGAGCCGGCCGGCCACAGGUACUCCUCCCCUUCCUGCUGCCUUUGUUCUGCCCCGCGCUCGGCGAGCCGAUCCGCUACUCUAUCCCCGAGGAGCUGGCCAGGGGCUCGGUGGUGGGGAACCUGGCCAAGGACCUGGCGCUCAGUGUGCGGGAUGUGUCUGCUCGGAAGCUGCGCGUUAGCGCCGAGAGCCUGCACUUCCAGGUAGACGCGCAGAGCGGGGACUUGCUUGUGAAGGACCGAAUAGACCGCGAGCAGAUCUGCAAAGAGCGAAAGCUGUGUGAGCUGCAGCUGGAAGCUGUGGUGGAAAACCCUCUGAAUGUUUUUCAUGUCGUUGUGGUGAUUGAGGACAUUAACGACCAUGCUCCUCAGUUCAGUAAAGAUAAAAUAACUUUAGAAAUAAGCGAAUCCGUCAGCCUGGGCAUGAGAACAGUUCUUGAGUCUGCAAAAGAUCCCGACAUUGGUAAGAACUCACUAAGCAAAUACCAACUAAUUCCGAAUGAGUUUUUCUCCUUGGUGGUGAAAGAUAACCCAGAUGGUGGCAAAUCCCCAGAAUUAGUGCUGCAAAAGGCCCUGGACCGAGAAACGCAGAGCGUUCACCACCUGGUGCUGACGGCAGUAGACGGCGGGGACCCGCCCCGAAGCGGCACCGUGCAGAUCCAAGUCCUGGUGGUGGACGCCAACGACAAUCCUCCGAUGUUCAGCCAGGACGUGUACAGGGUCAGCCUCCGGGAAGACGUGCCACCUGGCACCUCCAUUCUGAGGGUCAGGGCCACUGACCAGGAUGAAGGCAGCAAUGCGGAGGUCUCUUACUCCUUCCUAGGAGUGGUUGACCAUGCCCAGCAGGUGUUCUCUCUAGAGCCCGCCACUGGAAACAUUCUAACUCAGCAGCCACUGGACUUCGAGGAAGUAGAAAAAUACACACUGGAUGUAGAAGCAAGGGACAAAGGAGGUCUCUCCACGCAGUGUAAAGUCAUCGUAGAAAUCCUAGACGAAAACGACAACAGCCCGGAAAUCAUCAUCACUUCUCUGUCCGACCGGGUUCUGGAGGAUUCUCCCACCGGAAUGGUUGUGGCUCUUUUCAAAACACGAGACCGAGAUUCGGGGGAAAAUGGAGAAGUCACUUGUAGUUUAAGCAAAGAUGUUCCAUUUAAGAUUCAUUCUUCUUCCAGUAAUUACUACAAGCUAGUAACCGACGGGGCCCUGGACCGCGAGCAGACCCCGGAGUACAAUGUCACCAUCACGGCCACUGACAGAGGCAAGCCACCACUCUCCUCCAGUUCAGUCUUCACCCUGCGCAUUGGCGACAUCAACGACAACGCGCCUGUCUUCCAGCAGCCCUCCUACGUGGUCCACGUGGCAGAGAACAAUCCCCCAGGAGCCUCCAUCGCGCAGGUCAGCGCCUCCGACCCCGAUCUGGGCUCCAAUGGUCAGGUCACCUACUCCAUCGUGGCCAGCGACCUGGAGGCACAAACGCUGGCGUCCUACGUGUCAGUGAGCGCACACAGCGGCGUGCUGUUCGCGCAGCGCGCCCUGGACCACGAGCAGCUGCGCGCCUUCCACCUCACGCUGCAGGCCCGCGACCAGGGCUCGCCCGCACUCAGCGCCAACGUGAGCGUGCGCGUGCUGGUGGGCGACCGCAACGACAACGCGCCGCGCGUGCUGUACCCGGCGCUGGCGCCCGACGGCUCGGCGCUCUUCGACACGGUGCCGCGCGCCGCCGAGCCCGGCUACCUGGUCACCAAGGUGGUGGCGGUGGACGCCGACUCCGGCCACAACGCCUGGCUCUCGUACCACGUGCUGCAGGCCAGCGAGCCCGGGCUCUUCAGCCUGGGGCUGCGCACGGGCGAGGUGCGCACAGCGCGCGCCCUGGGCGACAGGGACGCGGCCCGCCAGCGCCUGCUGGUGGCUGUGCGCGAUGGCGGCCAGCCGCCGCUGUCUGCCACCGCCACGCUGCACCUGGUCUUCGCGGACAGCCUGCAGGAGGUGCCGCCGGACCUGAGUGAGCACGCGGCGCCCUCGGACCCUCAGGCCGAGCUGCAGUUUUACCUGGUGCUGGCCUUGGCCGCCAUCUCCGUGCUCUUCCUGCUCACGGUGAUCCUGGCCAUCGCGCUGCGCCUGCGCCGCUCCUCCAGCUCCGCAAUGGGAGGCUGCUUCCAGCCUGUUGCAUGCUCAAAGUCAGGAGUUUCCCGAUCCUACUGUGAUGGAACAUUACCCUAUGCCUAUAAUUUUUGCGUAUCUGGGGAUCAAACUCAUGCAGAAUUUAAUUUUCUCACAUCUGUUGAUCACUGCCCUGCCGCUCAAGAUAUUCUCAACAAAGAUAGUUCUUCCGUACUGUUGGCUAGCAUUUUAGCUCCCAGUGCUGAAUCAGAUAAGGAAACUACUGAACAGGUACGUAUAUGUGUUUAA